UUCUCUUCCAUUAUCAUAUAUUCUCUAUGUUCUUCUGCUUCAUAUUUGUAUAGUUAUAUGUUAACAUAAAACCUGCAGCGGAGAAUCUGAAACUUCCUCCGUUUACAAGCAUCACAUUUGAAAUUCCUCCUCUAAUUGCCGUCGGAGACUAGCCAGCUCCGGCAAAUAUUUCCGACCAAGAUUCUUUAAUGCAGCUGUAUUUAUGAUGAUUUGAUUUUAACCGAGACUCGCAAACGGGUAACCCAAACAAGCAAAAAAGAUAGAAGCCAUUUUCAGUGUCUUUUAGCUUAGUUGCUGCAACUUCUUUUAUCCAUUUUAAGGUACUGUAAAGAGAAGAAAAGAAAAGGGAAAAGAGAGAGCAGAAGGAGAAGAUGUUGACGUGUAUCACGUGUAAGCAAAAGAUAGACGAUGACGGAGGUGAAGAGGGACCCCGUCCUCCUCCCAAUACUAAAGACUCCGUCAAAAGCCUCACGGCCCAGAUCAAGGAUAUUGCUUUAAAGGUCUCAGGAGCUUAUAAAUGCAAGUCAACAAUACCAACUAGCUACAGGAAAGGGCAUAGACCGUAUCCUGAUUUUGAUACAAUAUCAGAGGGAGUUCCAUAUCCAUAUCAACCAGCAAGUUCUAGUUCUACUCCAGCUUGGGAUUUUACAAGUGCUGGAAAUCUAAGGACUCCUAGACCUGAUCCAAGAUUUGCUAGAGGAUUUAGUGGUGUUGAAUCUAUUUCUCAGUCUGGUGAUGUGGUGGUGGAAAAUGAUGAGCAAAUAGAGUGGACAGCACAGGUCGAGCCUGGUGUUCAGAUCACGUUUGUUUCUCUCCCUAAUGGUGGAAAUGAUCUUAAACGAAUCCGCUUUAGUCGGGACAUGUUCAACAAAUGGCAAGCUCAAAGAUGGUGGGGUGAGAAUUAUGACCGAAUUAUGGAGCUCUAUAAUGUUCAGAGAUUCAAUAAACAAGCUCUUAACACGCCUGGACGGUCUGAGGAUGGAAGAGAUUCCAAUUAUUCGAGGCUUGGAUCUGCAAUGGAGAGCCCUAUGAUGACUCCUGCAACAAACAAGGAAUGGACUCCAAGCAAUUUCCAUAAACCAACAGGAUCAACUGCCUAUGCAGCUGGUUUCCCAAAGGGUGACAUGUCAUAUAUGGACGCUUCAAGGACAACCACUGACUCUAGAGAUGAAGCUUCACUUUCCGUUAGUAAUGCUAGUGAAUUGGAGUCAGAAUGGGUAGAACAAGAUGAGCCUGGGGUCUAUAUAACCAUCAGACAACUAGUUGAUGGCACUAGAGAGCUACGCCGUGUUAGAUUCAGCCGAGAGAAGUUUGGGGAGGUGCAUGCAAAGCUGUGGUGGGAACAGAACCGAGAGAGAAUACAAACUCAGUACCUUUAAACCAACAAAUUUCCCUACUGAGCUGCAGUUUUUUACCCAGAGAAAUUCCAAGGAAAAGGGAACAAUUUUGCCUCUUCGAUGUGAUGAAGCUGAAAUUGAGAUUACAAGAUACUUAAAUUUAAAGUAUUUACAGUAGUUCAGACAGAAUGGCUCCAUUCUACAGAACAAACUAUCUUGGCCAUUAAGCAUUUUUUCAUGGCAUUUCUUGAUCUCUAGUUAUAUAUGAUCUUGCAAAUUCUCCAAUGAUCUCCUUUUGUCUUUAGGGCUAUAUGAAUCUCCCGACUUUCUUUAAAAGUUUCACAGUUUACCUUGUAACAUAAUCCAUAUCAAGCUUCAUUGAACCAAAUGCUGAUUAUGCAAAACACACAGCUUUGUUAAACUACAGUUGUCAUUCCGAUAGCUUAUAAUCAGUUAUUCAAGCUGAAAUGGAGAUCUUUACAAUUUACUAGAUACUUAUAUUUAAAAGUAGGCUGAAUACAUACGGAGACACUUAAAGUUGACACGAUUUUUCAUUUAGACACCUGAACUUAGGGGUGUUCCUAAUGAGCACCUACAUUACAUGAACUUUGUUCCAAUUAGGCACUUCUUGCUGAGUUGGCACAUAGAGUGAGCUUCACCCAAUGUAGGCGCGUGAAGAGCCCAAAAAACAAUUUUUUUUUGUCUUUUCU